GCCGGCCACAUCACCAUGCUGGUCUUUGGGGACGAAACACGCAACUACUUUCUGGUGAUCGGUCAGGCGGUGGAAGACGUGCGCCUUGCACAGAACAUGGCGCAGAUGAACGACGUCAUUCUGUCACCAAACUGCUGGCAGCUCUGUGACCGGAGCAUGGUUGAAAUUGAGAGGAUUCCAGAUCAGAGAGCAGUUAAGGUUAAUUUCUUAAAACCACCCCCUACUUUUAACUUCGAUGAAUUUUUUACAAACUGUAUGACUUUUAUGGAGUAUUAUCCUUCCGGUGACCACAAAAAUAUCCUGAGGCUGGCAUGCAUGCUGGAAUCCAACCCUGACCUCGAGCUGUCCCUACAGAAGUAUGUGAUGGAAAGCAUAUUGAAGCAGAUCGAUGACAAGCAGCUUCAGGGUUAUCUGUCUGAGCUCCGCCCAGUGACGAUCGUGUUCGUGAACCUGGUGUUUAAGGACCAAGGCAAAGCCGAAGUCAUAGGCUCGGCCAUCCAGGAUGCCUCUGUGCACAUCAACUCUGUUCUAAGGGCAUUCAGAGGCCAAAUCAAUAAAGUCUUCAUGUUUGACAAGGGCUGCUCCUUCCUCUGCGUCUUCGGCUUCCCCGGGGAGAAGGCAGCUAACGAGGUCUCUCAUGCCUUGGAAAGCGCCGUGGAUAUAUUUGACUUCUGCUCCCAGGUCCACAAAAUCCACACUGUCUCCAUCGGCGUGGCCAGCGGGACCGUCUUCUGCGGGAUCGUCGGACACUCUGUGAGACACGAGUACACAGUCAUUGGUCAAAAAGUGAACAUAGCCGCCAGGAUGAUGAUGUACUACCCAGGAGUCGUGACCUGCGACUCUGUCACCUACAACGGCAGCAACCUACCAGCCUACUUCUUCAAAGAGCUCCCAAAGAAAGUCAUGAAAGGCGUUGCGGACGCUGGACCCGUCUACCAGUGCCUGGGCCUCCACGAGAAAGUCAUGUUUGGCAUGGCAUACCUCAUCUGCAACAGAAAUGAGGGCUACCCUUUGCUGGGACGUGAUAAGGAGAUCAAAUACUUCAUGUACACUAUGAAGGAAUUUUUGGGGUCCAGCUGCAGCCGAGUCCUCAUGUACGAAGGAUUGUCGGGAUAUGGAAAAAGCCAGAUACUUAUGGAAAUCGAGGGCCUGGCCCAGCGCGAGAACCACAGGACCAUCACUAUUGCCUUGACUAAGAUCAGCUUCCAACAAAAUUUUUAUACCGUCCAGAUACUCAUGGCCAAUGUACUAGGUCUGGAUGCUUGUAAACAUUACAAAGAACGACAGACCAACAUUCGAAAUAGAGUCAAAACUCUGUUGGAAGAAAAGUUUUAUUGUAUUCUUAAUGACAUUUUCCAUGUCCAGUUCCCUAUUUCACGAGAGGCUUCCAAGAUGAGCACUUCGAAAAAGCAAAAGCAGUUGGAAAUAUUGUUUCUGAAGAUCUUGGAGCAAAAAGUGCAGGAGGAGAGGAUUAUUUUCAUCAUUGACGAGGCCCAGUUUGUGGAUUCGAACUCCUGGGCCUUUAUGGAGAAGCUCAUCCGGACCAUUCCUAUCUUCAUCAUCAUGUCGCUGUCUCCCUUUCUCAACCUACCCUGUGCGGCCGCCAGUGCCAUCAUGAAGAACAGGAACACCACCUACGUCGCGGUCGGCGCCCUGCAGCCUGAGGACAUCCGCAACAAGGUCUGCCUAGACCUCGACGUCGAGGGCAUCCCCAAAGAGCUGGAAUCGUACCUGGUGGAGGGGAGCUGCGGGAUCCCGUUCUACUGCGAAGAAUUGCUCAGAAACCUGGACCAUCACAGGGUGCUUGUUUUCCAACCACUGGAGUCUGAGGAGAAGACAAACAUGACCUGGAGUAACCUGUUCAAGAGUCUUUCUAAACCGACAGAGAAGUUAAAAAUAUUGAGACUCCAUGGUGAGGAGGAGUUCGAAGAAGUCUGUAAGCUCGCCGGGGACGUCAGACUGAGAAACUUGUCGCCGCCAGCGUCGUUAAAAGAAAUCUCUCUGGUACAGCUGGACAGCAUGAGCCUUUCCCACCAGAUGCUGGUGAGAUGCGCUGCCAUCAUCGGCCUGACGUUCACCACAGAGCUGUUGUUUGAGAUUCUUCCUUGUUGGAACAUGAAGAUGAUGAUCAAGGCCCUGGCGACACUGGUGGGAUCCAACAUCUUCGACUGUUUCCGGAGCGGCAAGGAUCUCCGGAUGGCCCUAAAUCGGAACUCGGUCUCGUUCGAGGUGAACUACCGCUCCCUGUCUCUGAAGCCCAACGAAGGAGUGGCUCACGAGGAGGAGGAGGAGCUGCACGAUCUGGAGAGCGAGGUCAUCGAGUGCCACAUCAUCCGGUUCUGCAAGCCGAUGAUGCAGAAGACGGCCUACGAGCUGUGGCUGAAGGACCAGAAGAAGGCCAUGCACCUGAAGUGCGCCCGCUUCCUGGAAGAGAAUGCCCACAGGUGUCACCGCUGCCGCAGCGGGGACUUCAUCCCCUAUCACCACUUCACCGUGGACAUCCGGCUCAACUCCCUGGACUUGGACACCAUCCGGAUGAUGGCGAAGGCCCAGGGAUUCAGAACUAAAGAAGAGACCACCCUUUCCAAGACAGGGAUUGUUAAGAAGUGUGAUAUAUUUUCUGAAAAUCUCAGUUCCGAUGAAAUGAGCGAGAGGAUCUUGAAUUUCUUUGACUCCGUUAUAAUCAAGAUGAGGACAUUUGAGGAAGACAUCAUUCCUUUGGAAUCUUGCCAGUGCGAGGAGAUCCUAGAGGUGGUCCUCAUGCCUCUGGCUCACCAUUUUCUGGCUUUGGGAGAAAACAAGAAAGCCUUGUAUUACUUCCUAGAAAUUGCAUCUGCUUAUCUCAUCUUGGACGAUAACUACAUGGCGUACACGUAUUUGAACGAGGGGGAGAGGUUGCUGAAAACUCUCAAGAAGAAAAAAUCCUGGAGUCAGACUUUCGAGUCGGCCACCUUCUAUUGCCUCAAAGGUCAGGUCUGUUUCAACAUGGGCCAGAUGGUGCUCGCCAAGAAGACCCUGAGGAAGGCUCUGAAACUCCUCAACCGAGAUUUUCCGUGCAACUUAAUCUCCCUGUUCCUCCAGACCCAUGUUGAGAAAAAAAGACACUUUCAUUACAUGAAUCAGCAGGCCCAAGAGAGCUCAUCUCCAGAGAAGAAUAGGCUGGCACAGCUGUACCAGCAGACGGCCUGCUUCUCCCUGCUCUGGAAGAUCUACAGCUUGAACUACUUCGUCCACUACAAGUACUACGCCCAGCUGGCAGCCAUAAUGCAGGUGAACACGGCCCUGGAGACGCAGGACGCUUUCGAGAUUGUCAAAGCCUACCUGGAGUUCUCACUGCACCACCAGCUGGCCGGCGACCAGGGCGUGUGGUUCAAAUACGAAAUCAUGGCCAUAGAGCACAUCUUCAGCCUCCCGCUGAAGAGCGAGGGCAUCGAGACCGUGGCUUACGCGGCCGCCACGCUGGGCUACACCAAGCUCACAAUGGGUCACUUGGACUUGGCCAUUGACUUAGGCUCACGAGCCCAGAAGAUGUGGGCACUGCUCCGGAACCCCAAUAAACAGUACAGAAUCCUCUGCUGGCUCAGUAGAUGCCUCCUCCUGAAAAACAGGUAUUUGCAUCUGAUCCAGGUCCUGGGGUGGCUGUGGGACCUGUCCAUGGCGGAAGGGCACAUCUUCGGCAAGGCCUUCUUCUAUUAUGUCUGCCUGGACAUCAUGCUUUAUUCUGGCUUUGUUUACAGGAAGUUUGAAGAAUGUCUGGACUUCAUCUGCCAGAAUGAAGACAACAGAAUCCUCAAGUUCCGCAGUGGACUCCUCCUGGGCCUUUUCUCGUGUGUGGCUAUCUGGUAUGCCAGACUCCAGGAGUGGGGCAACUUUAUCACAUUUUCCAGUAAGGCGAAAACUCUAGUGCUGAGACGGACGCCGACGACGCUUUACCUGCUGGGAAUGUGCAGGUACCUGGAGGGGCAGGUGCUCUACCUCCAAAACCAGAUCGAGGAGCUGUCGGAGAAUGCGCAGGACAGCGGGGUCGAGAUAUUCAAGAACUUGGAGAGCCUGGUGACUCAAAACACCACCGGCGUCGUGUUCUACCCGCGGCUCUACCACCUGAUGGCCUACAUCUGCAUCCUCAUGGGCGACGGGCAGAACUGCAGCCUCUUCCUGAACACCGCGCUGAGCUUCUCCGAGACGCAGGGGAACAUGCUGGAGAAAUGCUGGCUGAACAUGAGCAAGGAAUGGUGGUUCUCAAACUCCAAGCUGACGGAGGACCAUUGGCGUCGGACAGUCCAGAGCCUUCCAUCGUGGGAGAAAAUUUUAGCCAACAAGGUGAACGUGCAGGAUAUUCAAAAGAACAAAUUCCUGAUGAGAGUGAACAUCCUGGACAACCCCUUCUAACCUUUCUGGAACGAGACGACGGCUUUAGCCAGACUGUCUCUCUCGCGAUCACCCGCCGUUAACCUCGCCGUGGCCAGCACCGCCUGGCCCCCCGCACCGCCGCCUCCGUGAGACCCGGACCACGCGCGCUGCAGCCUUCCCUUCCCGGGGGGUCCGUACUUUCCCCCUCCCCGCUUCGCACGGGGCCUUUGUCUUUCCGCCCGUGCGAAAUCGUGACACACGGGAAGACAGCAGCAUCGAAAUGGUCCAUGUUGCGACAUCCAUUUCUAGUUAACCUAUUAAACCGACAACGUUUGUUUUUAAAGGGCCAGUUGUUCGAUCUUUUGUACGUAGCACAGGAUCACCAACAGCGAAGUCUCAUCAUGGUGUGUGAGCGCGCGGUUUGAAAAGACACGUUUCUGCAGUGCAGCUUCAGGCAUCGAUUAUCUGCGGAAGCGACGUUUUUAAAAGUUGAAAUGUGGGUCGUUUUGAUGUGGGCAUCUUGUACACGCUUGGAGAGCAUGUGGUUUUACAUCUCAGAAAGUGACCGCGGCCACCUCCCAGGUGUGGGAGGGGCUGGCCCAGAGCCAUCGGCCGCCACCGCCUCGCCCUUGGCAGAGGGAAUGGUUCUCAGUGACGUUCUGUGCCUCUGCAGCCAAGGGGAAUAGCGUCGACCCAGCGCGUCUCUGUGCUGCUGCGGCCGCCUCGUGGCGGGGACUCGGGUGGCCACGUCCAGCAGGCACCACGCGAUUCCCGACUUCUGAUGUCCAGUCCCGUUCCGACCGGAAGUGGUUCCUCUGACGGGCAUCGAGGUGUCCUCGUGACCGCCCAAGGCGAUGCCCAGACAGGCGUCCUUCUCAUAGGCCAGUCCCUCGCUGCCCUUCUUUGAAAGGUGAAGCUGUAUUUUUCCUCCUGGUGACAGCUGGGUUCCACGAAGGAGCCUGGACACGCCGUUGGUACCUCGAGGUCAGCUGACCAGAGGCCGGGGCCCCGGCGCAGUGGGCGGCCCUGCCGCGGGCUCUGCAGGGCACACACUUGAUUCCUGUGGCUGGUCACCUGAGCUCCCCGCUUCAGGGCCGGCAUGGCGAUGAGGUCCUCCAGCGAGAAGCUCCUCCCCGGCUUCACGGACUGCCUGUGUUUUGUGGUCUUCUGACUGGGCGGGGCUGGAGGAGGCAGAGGGAGGGCGGCCGUUACCGGAAGUGCAGUGGUGACUCUCAAGGACGGAUAGGAGACUGGACGGGGGAAGAGGUGGCAGCAGGCCGUCUGCAGUUCCAUUUCCCUCCACGCGUCUGAAUCCAGAGUGCGCAUCCGGCUUCACAGGAACCUGAACUUGGGUCCUGGCCCCGACCUCGCCACAGACCAGUUAUGUGGCCUCCUUGUCAGUUUUCUCCUGUCCAAACUGCACAGGUCGUGACAAGGUCCCUUCCCUCCCCGACCA